AUGAGAUUGGGAAAAGUAGACUGGGUUAAUCACUCAAAAAUGCCGAUUCUUAGUGUUGACGUCCAACCUAACGGCUUCAGAUAUGUCACUGGAGGAACAGAUCAUAAGGUUUGUAUUUGGAAUCUGCUACCUGUGAUUUCUGAAAAGUAUGAGAAAAUAGGACAAAAGAAUAAAAAUGCGCAAGAGGAAGGCAAAGCUGCUCAUUCAGGAGAUGUUGAAAUGAGAAGUAAUGAGGAAGUCUCUCAUGAGAAAGGAACGAAUGAUCCAAUUGAAGAUUCUGAUGGUUAUAAAGAUGAUAUUAGGAUAAUGGAGUCACUUUUCGAGUCUGAAAAGAAGCGCUCAUAGAGAUUACUAGCAAUCCUGGAUGCUCAUGCUAAUCCUGUCAAUUGUGUUAGAUGGAAUAGCAUUGGUACACUUUUUGCAAGUGCAUCAGAUGAUGGCAGUGUACUGCUUUGGGAAUACGUAGGGGAACAAUUAGCAAAUGUCUUUCAAAAAAUGAGCAUGCAAAACAUGGCAUCCACUGGCCAUCAGAAAAGACAGUUCUUUGAGGAGUCAAAAGGCGGUAAUCAAUAAUAAUUAGGUGAUGAGGAGCCUGACCAGGAAUAAUACCUUGAAGAGUGGAGAAAUAAAAGAUCUUGGAGGUCUCAUAAAGGAGGUGUGAUCGAUGUUGCCUGGUGUCCUGACAACAUUCACUUUGCCUCCUGCGGUACUGACUCCUAAAUCAUUAUUCAAAGCAUCAAUGAGCCAUCUGCUAUCAAAUUUAUCGACUAAAAAGCAAACGGACUCUGCUUUGAUCCUUUCGGAAAGUUCAUGGCUUCUUAGUCAUCAGAGGACAGAUCACUGAUAAUAUGGAGAAUUCAAGAUUUCAAAAAUCUGAGUAAAGAAUGCGAGCACAGCAGCUAUUACAAGCAGGCAAUGUCUCAAUCUCUAUUCAGAAGACUGUCUUGGUCUGCUGAUGGGUAAUUUAUUUCAACUACGGCAGGUAAAGUAGGAAGUCAUCAUAUUGCGCCAUUGAUAGAGAGAUCAUCUUGGAAGUAAAUGGCUUCACUCAGUGGGCACAAUAAGACUAUAUGCACUUCUAGAAUAAACCCUAGGCUGUUUAAGAAUCCUAAUACAAGCAAAGAAUUAAAUAUGGAUACAGGAGAGUAUCAAGAAGUGCUCUCAUGUUAUAGUGUGGUUGCACUAGCCUCUAUAGACUCAACUUUAUCCAUUUGGAAACCAUAUAUGGAUAAGCCUUUUGCAGUAGUCUUAGAUAUCUUUAAAAUGGGAGUAACAGAUUUGAGUUGGGGAUUUAAUGGAAAUAUACUCUUAGCAAGUUCAAAUGAUGGCCAUGUCUUUAGUGUUCAUUUUAAACCGGGUGUAUUAGGACAUCCAAUCACUGAAAUGGAAAAAUAAAUUAUCAUUGAAAAAAAGUAUGGCUCUACUAUUCUCAAUGACUACAAAAAGCAUACUAAGCUGGUAUGCUAAUCUUUAGGAUCGUUAAAUACGGCAACGAAUAUGCCCCUCUCUUAAUCUGGAAAAGUCUCGGCAAAUCUUACUGGGAAUUUAUUAAAAUAAUCUUAACAAGAGACUAUCAAUAAAAAUGGAAAGAAAAAGAUAGUUCCAGUCAUGAUCAAACAGUAUAAUGAGUCAGCGAAUAUUAAUCCAUUCUUGAAUCCAUUCUAAAAUCAGAUGAUUAUUGAUCAAAGUGCUGCUAAUCUUAAAACUGCAUAAAAUCAAAAGAUUGAAGCAAGCCAAAACUUAGCCAAUAGCAAGCCUUAAUAAGAUAUAAUAUAGCCAUAAGUCAUUAAAUAAGCACACAAUGAAGAAUUAAAGCAGGAUUCAUUAUUAUCUAAUGAAAAUUAAGCACCAAAAUUGCCCCCAUUCAGUAAAACAUUUGGGUAAACUUCAUGUGACUAAAUAACCACAACUGCUAAGAGUUAAAUAGUCUCUUCUAAUUAAUAGUCAAUGAUUUAACAGUAGUAAUAGCCUAUACCUAACUAGAAGACUACUGCUCCAACCGUCAUGAUUUAGCCUCAAGUUUAGUAAAUUCAGUAGACAACUUAGAUAGUCUAGUAAAGCAAUAAUCUACAAAAACUGUAAUUGGAGGAGGAGAAGGAGAGUUUGAUUGAGCAGAGUGCCAGAAAAGGUAAAAAGUCUAAGAAGAGGAAGCCUGACAAUCAAUAAGAAGCUAUCUCUUAGUAGUAAGUAGUUGGAGGAACAUAAUUUGGGCAGAAUUUCGCAUAGAUUAGUCGUCAACUUCAAUUUACUGGAUCUAAUCAGCAAAAUAUCUAAUUUGUUGCAUCGAAAGAGAACCUUAAUCAACUAGAGAGAAUAUUUGAGCUUACUAAGGAUAUCAUAACUGCUAUCCCGAUUGAAGAACAUCAAUUGCUCAAUAGCAUAAAGCAUAAGGAGUAGAUGUAGUUUAGUUUGCCAGCUCAGGACUCUUUCUCGGAGGAACUUAAAGUCAUAAUAUCUAAUGUUGAUUUGAAUGCUUUCAAUCGAAGAGCUGAGGUAAAAAUUCUUAACUAGGACAAUGUAUAUAUUUCUCAAACAGCCAUAGAAAGGGAGUUUGUGGUCUUGACUUGCGUUUGCCACUCGUUCUUUAUUCUUUACACUAACCUAGGGCAACUUUAAAUUUUCAGCACAAGAACGACACAAUUGAUUAGAGGUGGCUUAAUUCAAGAAGGCAUAUGCUUCCUUGAAUGCUCUGAAGAGUCAAUGUCCUUUACUACUCUGAAUCUGAAAGGAUAACUCAACAUAUAUAAGAUGAAGAACGUUGAUUACCCCUCAGUAGAUACAUGCAUGCUACUAUGGUCAGCUUCAGUAAUAGAGAUACUCAGAAUUUAGAGUCAGCUUGCCUAAUAAUUAGACCCUAAUGCUAAGGUGUUUGUUAGAAAAUUGAAAUUAGUGAGAGAUGGCGGUGUAAUGGUAUUUUUAACUGAUAAUACCUCUUUUGAAUAUGACAUUAACACUAAAAUGUGGAGAUAGCUUUCAAAUACCAAUGAGCUAGCAAAUUCUUUGAAACAGGCCGAUGAUUAGAAGUUUGGAAAUAAUUAGAAUAUUUAAAGGGAUCAAUAGAUUCACUCAUAAAAUGAUGGCAAAAUAUCUUCAAUUAUCAAGCAACUUGAACACUAAAACCUAGAGGAUCAGCUCUAAGUAUUAGAAUAGGAUGCUAAUAUGAUCAACUAAGAGGAAGAGUAGAGAUUUUUACAAAAUCAUUAGAAUCCUUAUUAACUUGAAACCAUGCUUAGAAAGAUAAACGGUUUGCAAGAGUCGAUGCAAAUCUACGAAAGAUUGCACAUGAAAGGUGAGUUAUUAUAUGCUCUUAGAAUGUAUACUACAAUGAUCAUUGCUGUUGGCGACUUUGUGAAACUCAAAGACUUGGUCUUAGACUAUCGUCUUCUAACCACAGCAGAAGAGGAGUAAUCUCUAGCUUCUAAUUCUGAUCAGUAAAAGUAGUAUACUCUUCAUGGGCUCAUUAUCAACCAAGACACUGCUCUACACAACUUGCUAAGCCUUAUGUCAGAUGAGUAGAAUGAAGACUCCAGGGAUCAUCAAAACCCAGCAAACAUCAUAAACUCUAUCAACGAUAAGAGUAGAGUUAUAAAUCUCGAUGAAAAGAGGUAUUUCUAGGUAUGUGGCAUGGACAAAAGAGAGAUAUUCUAAAAGUCUAUAAUGCCUGUUUUGCAGACCUAGGCAACAAGUGAUAGUUUAUUAAAGUAAUAUCUGUCGAAGGUUAUUCAAAAGAUCGCAGAACUUAAUUCAAGUGGUUAACAUCAAUAAAGAAAUUAUCUAAUGGGCGGUAAUCAAGGCUAAAAUAAGUAAAGAAGAGGGUCAAAGCAUCAUAUUAUUUAGAAUACAAAUUCUUCUAACUAGAUGCUGCAAGAUCAGGAAAUGCUAAUGGUCCAAGGACCCUAAGGUAGUAAUGGCUAGCAAGUCACUUAUCAAGUAAUCUAGCCCUCUCAAAUAGGUCUAAUGCUCCCCUCAAUCUCAAGCUGUCUGCCUUCUUAUGUGGUUGAUCAUAAAAACCAAGAUAUGUCCUAGAUUCAUCAACAAAUGAUGCUUUAACUCAAUUAACCAAGCUGGCCAUAUAUGUAAAUCUCAGGAGACUAAAUAAUGCAAACCCAAGUCAUUACUCAUCCUCAAACUCUAGUUCAAGCCUAGUAAUUAAACUAACAUAUGUAGUAGAACCCUAAAGAUCAUUAGUGA